GAGACUGGAGUGUUUUGUGUGUCACGAUGUGAUCCAUCCCUCCGACUGCAACUACACGACCAUGGUGUGCGGCUCAGAUUAUAUGUGCUCGACUUACCAGACUCCAAUGGGUCCCGGGGAUGAAAUUCGAUUUGUUGUUGGGUGUUCAUCAAAACAGCUAUGUAGAACUAUAACUGGAUUGAGUGGAAACAACAUGUGCUCCGAAUGCUGCGACACUCCGCUUUGUAACAAUAAACUGUGCGCCAAAAAAACUACAACAGCACCAACAACAACGACAAGUCUCCAAACUACAACAGAAACAACGACAAAGCCUUCCACUACGCACGCCUCUCAUAUAUUCCACCAUCCACCUGUUGCUUCUAUUCAUCAUAGUCAUAUCUCCUAUCCAUAUGGAAGCCACUUUUCGAUGACAUGUCGGUUUUCUGGAAGCCCUACUCCUGCAGUACACUGGUAUUUUAAUGGGAAUUCAACACUACCUUCCAAUUCAUUGAUCAGAAAGCACACAUCAUAUUCAGCCCUUUACAUAUCUCAUAGCGAUGUGAGUGAUGCUGGCACAUAUAAGUGUGAAGUUUCAAACAUCUACGGCACUGCAUCUGAUACUACACAACUGAUUAUCACGGGAAAAAAGCCGACAUUCAUUGAGAGACCUCCCUCUCAUAUUGACAUGGUUGUUAGUGGAGACUACAGCGCUACCUGUCGAGCAUCUGGCUUACCGCAACCGCAAAUACACUGGGGAUUCAACUUUCCUACCCACUCAAUGGCGGCAUUGUCAGCGUUAUACACUAACAAUGACCAGACCACGCUUUACAUAUCGGACACACCAAUGGAGUUGUCUGGAGGAUACGUCAUCUGCACCUAUCAAAACGCUUACGGAUCAAUAUCGACCAACAUGACACUUAAUGUUCAUCAAGCAACAACUAUUCCCACCACACAACAACCUACUACCCCUCCUGUGGGUCACGUGCACACGACACCAAUACCGCUGACGAUUUCACUUCCGGCUAGUAUAGAUGUACAGAUAGGAAGUGACGUAGUUAUUCCAUGUAAUGCUACCGGAAGCCCAACUCCUCAGAUCACGUGGUCUCAACUUUCGGGUAGAUUUCCAAGUAAUGUCGUACAGCAUGAAAACAAGCUGUACAUUGCCAAAGCCUCCCCGACAAACAGCAGGAUAUUCAUGUGUAGAGCUCAUAACCUCCACGGUAACACACUGAAGCUGAUCAAGGUGAAUGUGCACGGAGUCCCUCCUUCCAUCACGGAAAGUCCAGCUAGUAAAAAUGUGACGCACGGAGAUACCGUAAUAUUGACAUGUGAAGCAACAGGAGAUCCUAGUCCUACUAUAUCAUGGAGCUGGAACCCGAAAGCAAACGCAGUAGCUGUUGACGACUCUAGUCUUAAACUCAUCCCAGGCGUAUCUAUGACAGAUGCACAUCUCACCAUCAACAACGUUUUAGAACUACAUAGUGGAGUAUAUGUUUGCACAGCGUCAAACGCAUACGGGACGGUGACGGCGGACGCCAGCCUCAAUGUCCUUAGUGCACACGUGAAUGUUGCUCCUAGACUAUCAGUAUCACCACUUAUAACAUCCGUGUUGUACGGCAGUGACGUCACGAUCAAUUAUAGCAUCACAGGAGAUCCUACACCAAGUAUUUCCUGUCUGUAUAACAGAUCAGCUUUGCCACACAAUGUGCGCAUGACAGAAUCACAGCUUGUUGUAAAUGGAGCGACCAAUAGAAACAGCGGAAAUUACCAGUGCAAUGUACAUAAUAUAGAGGGAACAGAUACGGUGGAAUUUCAAAUCGAGGUUAUUGGAAUGAGUCCGUCUUUCAUUACGAAGCCUGUUACAGCGACUGUGCUGUUCGGAACACACUCAAGUUUGACAUGUACUGCCACAGGUGUUCCAACUCCGAACAUUCGAUGGGAAUAUAGAUCGGUGAGUGGGAGUACCAGCCUCCCGCCCGGUACAACACAAAGCUCCGACCACACGUUACUGACCAUUAAAUCGACCCAGGACAGUGGAACCUUUAUUUGCCACGCAGAAAAUGUGUAUGGUCAAGCAACAACGCAAGCGUCCAUAUACGUCAAAACAGGGUCGUUAAUUGGUUGAGGAUCAAUCCAACUGUGACCAGCUUUGUUAUGAAAUUAUUAAAAAAAUAAACUUGUUACACUUCU